AUGCUUAGGAACGGAAGGAUGCUAGUGCAAACAACUACUUCACUAGUGAUCCUGAAGAAGCUUCUAAAGCCCAAGAUCAGCAUGCGCACUCCCCCCCAUCGCCUUCGCGCACUCCCCCCGUCGCCUUCGCACACUCCCUGCCCGUCGACUUCGCGCACUCCCGUCCCGUCGCCUUCGCGCAAUCUCUCCCGUCGCCUUCGCGCACUCCCCUCCCGUCUUCGCGCACUCCCCUCCCGUCGCCUUCGCGCACACCCGUCCCGUCGCCUUCGCGCACUCCCCUCCCGUCACCUUCGCACUCUCCCUGCCCGUCGCCUUCGCGCACUCCCCUGCGGUUUGGAAUUCCACGCACUCCCCCCCAUCGCCUUCGCGCACUCCCCUCCCGCCUUCGCGCACUCCCCUCCCGUCGCCUUCGCGCACUCCCCUCCCGUCGCCUUCGCACACUCCCUGCCCGUCGCCUCGAAAGAGGAUGAUCACUCCCUCCCGUACCCCACGCUUCCUUCCCGACGCACGAUCACGCUCCCUCUCCUCCCGUCGCCUUCGCUCGACGCCUCUUUCGCCCCUCCUCACUCUCUUCCGUCGCCCACGCUCACUCCCCUCCCGUCGCCCAUGCUCACUCCCGUUACGUCAUUCGCCCACGCUCCCUCCCCUCUAACAAGAAUGGGACACCCCGCGCCUUGCACCUCCCCUUCCUCCUGCUACGCCACACCCCACACUCUCGUCUCCCCAUCCCUCAUCUCCCCUUCCCUCGUCUCCCCAUCCCUCAUCUCCCCUUCCCUCGUCUCCCCAUCCCUCAUCUCCCCUUCCCUCGUCUCCCCAUCCCUCAUCUCCCCUUCCCUCGUCUCCCCAUCCCUCAUCUCCCCUUCCCUCGUCUCCCCAUCCCUCAUCUCCCCUUCCCUCGUCUCCCCAUCCCUCAUCUCCCCUUCCCUCGUCUCCCCAUCCCUCAUCUCCCCUUCCCUCGUCUCCCCAUCCCUCAUCUCCCCUUCCCUCGUCUCCCCAUCCCUCAUCUCCCCUUCCCUCGUCUCCCCAUCCCUCAUCUCCCCUUCCCUCGUCUCCCCAUCCCUCAUCUCCCCUUCCCUCGUCUCCCCAUCCCUCAUCUCCCCUUCCCUCGUCUCCCCAUCCCUCAUCUCCCCUUCCCUCGUCUCCCCAUCCCUCAUCUCCCCUUCCCUCGUCUCCCCAUCCCUCAUCUCCCCUUCCCUCGUCUCCCCAUCCCUCAUCUCCCCUUCCCUCGUCUCCCCAUCCCUCAUCUCCCCUUCCCUCGUCUCCCCAUCCCUCAUCUCCCCUUCCCUCGUCUCCCCAUCCCUCAUCUCCCCUUCCCUCGUCUCCCCAUCCCUCAUCUCCCCUUCCCUCGUCUCCCCAUCCCUCAUCUCCCCUUCCCUCGUCUCCCCAUCCCUCAUCUCCCCUUCCCUCGUCUCCCCAUCCCUCAUCUCCCCUUCCCUCGUCUCCCCAUCCCUCAUCUCCCCUUCCCUCGUCUCCCCAUCCCUCAUCUCCCCUUCCCUCGUCUCCCCAUCCCUCAUCUCCCCUUCCCUCGUCUCCCCAUCCCUCAUCUCCCCUUCCCUCGUCUCCCCAUCCCUCAUCUCCCCUUCCCUCGUCUCCCCAUCCCUCAUCUCCCCUUCCCUCGUCUCCCCAUCCCUCAUCUCCCCUUCCCUCGUCUCCCCAUCCCUCAUCUCCCCUUCCCUCGUCUCCCCAUCCCUCAUCUCCCCUUCCCUCGUCUCCCCAUCCCUCAUCUCCCCUUCCCUCGUCUCCCCAUCCCUCAUCUCCCCUUCCCUCGUCUCCCCAUCCCUCAUCUCCCCUUCCCUCGUCUCCCCAUCCCUCAUCUCCCCUUCCCUCGUCUCCCCAUCCCUCAUCUCCCCUUCCCUCGUCUCCCCAUCCCUCAUCUCCCCUUCCCUCGUCUCCCCAUCCCUCAUCUCCCCUUCCCUCGUCUCCCCAUCCCUCAUCUCCCCUUCCCUCGUCUCCCCAUCCCUCAUCUCCCCUUCCCUCGUCUCCCCAUCCCUCAUCUCCCCUUCCCUCGUCUCCCCAUCCCUCAUCUCCCCUUCCCUCGUCUCCCCAUCCCUCAUCUCCCCUUCCCUCGUCUCCCCAUCCCUCAUCUCCCCUUCCCUCGUCUCCCCAUCCCUCAUCUCCCCUUCCCUCGUCUCCCCAUCCCUCAUCUCCCCUUCCCUCGUCUCCCCAUCCCUCAUCUCCCCUUCCCUCGUCUCCCCAUCCCUCAUCUCCCCUUCCCUCGUCUCCCCAUCCCUCAUCUCCCCUUCCCUCGUCUCCCCAUCCCUCAUCUCCCCUUCCCUCGUCUCCCCAUCCCUCAUCUCCCCUUCCCUCGUCUCCCCAUCCCUCAUCUCCCCUUCCCUCGUCUCCCCAUCCCUCAUCUCCCCUUCCCUCGUCUCCCCAUCCCUCAUCUCCCCUUCCCUCGUCUCCCCAUCCCUCAUCUCCCCUUCCCUCGUCUCCCCAUCCCUCAUCUCCCCUUCCCUCGUCUCCCCAUCCCUCAUCUCCCCUUCCCUCGUCUCCCCAUCCCUCAUCUCCCCUUCCCUCGUCUCCCCAUCCCUCAUCUCCCCUUCCCUCGUCUCCCCAUCCCUCAUCUCCCCUUCCCUCGUCUCCCCAUCCCUCAUCUCCCCUUCCCUCGUCUCCCCAUCCCUCAUCUCCCCUUCCCUCGUCUCCCCAUCCCUCAUCUCCCCUUCCCUCGUCUCCCCAUCCCUCAUCUCCCCUUCCCUCGUCUCCCCAUCCCUCAUCUCCCCUUCCCUCGUCUCCCCAUCCCUCAUCUCCCCUUCCCUCGUCUCCCCAUCCCUCAUCUCCCCUUCCCUCGUCUCCCCAUCCCUCAUCUCCCCUUCCCUCGUCUCCCCAUCCCUCAUCUCCCCUUCCCUCGUCUCCCCAUCCCUCAUCUCCCCUUCCCUCGUCUCCCCAUCCCUCAUCUCCCCUUCCCUCGUCUCCCCAUCCCUCAUCUCCCCUUCCCUCGUCUCCCCAUCCCUCAUCUCCCCUUCCCUCGUCUCCCCAUCCCUCAUCUCCCCUUCCCUCGUCUCCCCAUCCCUCAUCUCCCCUUCCCUCGUCUCCCCAUCCCUCAUCUCCCCUUCCCUCGUCUCCCCAUCCCUCAUCUCCCCUUCCCUCGUCUCCCCAUCCCUCAUCUCCCCUUCCCUCGUCUCCCCAUCCCUCAUCUCCCCUUCCCUCGUCUCCCCAUCCCUCAUCUCCCCUUCCCUCGUCUCCCCAUCCCUCAUCUCCCCUUCCCUCGUCUCCCCAUCCCUCAUCUCCCCUUCCCUCGUCUCCCCAUCCCUCAUCUCCCCUUCCCUCGUCUCCCCAUCCCUCAUCUCCCCUUCCCUCGUCUCCCCAUCCCUCAUCUCCCCUUCCCUCGUCUCCCCAUCCCUCAUCUCCCCUUCCCUCGUCUCCCCAUCCCUCAUCUCCCCUUCCCUCGUCUCCCCAUCCCUCAUCUCCCCUUCCCUCGUCUCCCCAUCCCUCAUCUCCCCUUCCCUCGUCUCCCCAUCCCUCAUCUCCCCUUCCCUCGUCUCCCCAUCCCUCAUCUCCCCUUCCCUCGUCUCCCCAUCCCUCAUCUCCCCUUCCCUCGUCUCCCCAUCCCUCAUCUCCCCUUCCCUCGUCUCCCCAUCCCUCAUCUCCCCUUCCCUCGUCUCCCCAUCCCUCAUCUCCCCUUCCCUCGUCUCCCCAUCCCUCAUCUCCCCUUCCCUCGUCUCCCCAUCCCUCAUCUCCCCUUCCCUCGUCUCCCCAUCCCUCAUCUCCCCUUCCCUCGUCUCCCCAUCCCUCAUCUCCCCUUCCCUCGUCUCCCCAUCCCUCAUCUCCCCUUCCCUCGUCUCCCCAUCCCUCAUCUCCCCUUCCCUCGUCUCCCCAUCCCUCAUCUCCCCUUCCCUCGUCUCCCCAUCCCUCAUCUCCCCUUCCCUCAUCUCCCCUUCCCUCAUCUCUCCAUCCCUCGUCUCCCCAUCCCUCAUCUCCUCAUGCCUCCCCACCCCAUCCCUCACCUCCCCAUCCCUCACCUCCCUAUGCCUCACCUCUCCAUCGCUCAUCCAUCCAUCCCUCAUCUCCCCAUGCCUCACCCCAUCUCCGCCGCACCCCGUGGCAUCGUCACACGUCGCCAUUUCCCACCUCUUCCUACUUCCCAUCCCCCUCUUCCGCCCUUCCUACCCCCUUCUCUCAAUCCCUUCAUCUAGCCCUGCCAUCCUACUUCCCAUCCCCCUUUCCUCGUUUCCCCAGACCUCCUUUCCAUCCCGUCAUUCCCUCUCCCUCCGUUCCCCAUCCUUCCAUUCUCCAUGCCUACUUUCACCAUUCCACCAUACCCCAUCCCACGACCUUCCCGUCAUCUCCACCCGGCAGCACCUCUUCAUCCCUUGUGCUUUUCUGCACCAGGGAGCUACUUGGGGCGCUGUGGGCGGAUGGCGGUGGGCAGAGUCACGCAGCAGAGGCAGACGUGGUGCUGCUUGUCCUCCCCUUCCCCCGUCCUCCCAUCCUCUCUUCCUCCCUUCAUCACUUCCUCCCUUCAUCAGUUCUUCCCUUCCUGCAUUCCUCCCUUAUGCCCUCAAUCACAUUCUUCAUCCUUUCUCCCAUCCUUUUUUUCCUCCCUGCAUCCAUUCAUCUGUUCCACCCUUCAUCCAUCCAUCCUUCCCUUCCUCUGUUCCUCUCUUCCUCCCUACGUCCCUGGGUCCGUUUCUCUGUCCCUCUGUCCCUCUUUUCCCCUGGUCGUCCUUCUGUUAG